AUGCCCGUGGCAGGACCUAGCAAGGUGGUUUUUGUAGGGCCGAAGAUUGAUGAGGAAUCUAGAAAGCGGAGAGCGUACCGAUAUAUGUAUGAGACGGCAGCCGAUCGUAGCAGAGUGCUGGACAACAGGAUUGACGAGUUCGGAGAAUGGGUCAAGGAGCAUUAUAACAUUGAGGAGCUCGGAGAUCCAUCUGCUAAUACAGAGGAAGAGGUGGUUGUGGUUGGACGUGUUACCCAUGACUCAGAGACCUCGUCUGGGUCCGUCAAGCUGAACGAAGCUUCAGUGACUCUCGAAUCGUCGCGGCAGAUGGGUUCAGGAGGAAGAGUCCCUCUGCGCUUCGAUCCUAGCGUCAAGGUGCGACAGGGGGUAAAGGGCGUGGGUGGCAUAGGACUCUUCCCUGGUGCUAUAGUUGCACUCAGAGGGAAGAACGGCGGAGGGGGGUGGUUCCUGGUAACCGAAGUACUGUCGCUGCCGCCCAUGGAGUCGUCGCCAAACAAUGGGAUGAAAAUGGAGGACUCGGAGCCAUUCAGCAUGCAUGUGGCUUGUGGGCCAUUCACCCCCGAUGCGGAUCUCAAGUUCAAACCGUGGCACAGACUGGUGUCCAAAAUCAAAGCAGACAGGCCUGCUGUAGUAUUGUUGGCGAGACCAUUCAUAGAUGUCACCCACCCAGCCGUCAAGAGCGGCGAAGUUGACACCGACCUUGCCGACAUGUUCCGAGAAACAUUUAUUUCGAACAUGCAGGACUUCCUCAGCUCCUCUCCUGACAGCAUUGUCCUCAUUGUGCCUAGCGUGCGCGAUGUCAUUAGCGAUCAUGCUGUCUUCCCGCAAUGCGAGUUAGGUCCAGAGUACGCGGCGGACCCUCGUAUACAUCUCCUGCCAAAUCCAUGCCGAUUUUCGCUCAACGGUAUCUCGUUCGCUGUGAGCAGUGUAGACGUGAUUUUUCAUCUGCGGAAAGAAGAAUUUUUUAAGCGAGCUGGGGAGGUCGACUCCAUAUCUUCAUUAGUGGCAGGGGGAGCUGGUGUACAAGCCAAUGAUGCAAUGACAACCACCUGUCGACAUCUGCUGCAACAACGGAAUUUCUAUCCUAUAUUCCCUGCACCAUUGGACUUGGCGCACGAAGUGAAUCUGGAUAUUACUCACCUGAAGGAUAUUGAGCUUGGUGGUGGCGAAAACGAUGAUGUGGGAUAUGCGCCUGAUGUUCUUGUUGUGUCAAGCAGGCUCAAACACUUCUCCAAGGUGGUUGACUCGACCGUCGCCAUCAAUCCUUCCUUUCUCACGAAGGGGACAUUUGCAGUCCUGACAUGUUGGUCUAGUCCAGGCCCUGUGCAUAAUAGGGUGAAGGCGGAGGUGCAGAAGCUAGACUGA